AUGUCAUCAUCCAUGAAUUACACGUAUCCUGGCAAGUUUGGGCCUCAUAGAUCGACGAAGGGUACAGUUAAGCAUAAGAUCCUGCCGGAUGAGCCAUCGUCGGAAUCGGAAGCGAGUCCUGACACUGGUGAUGCGAAUCCUGACCUGUACUGGGAUGACGACGUGGAUGUCGACCCACAGGAUCUGCAAGGCUUGCAUCACAUCCCUGAAGGGAGUAUGCGCCGCGAUGCAUCGCGGCUGACUCGCAAAGCGCGUGCACGACUUCCGCGAGUCACGGCGUAUAGCACAGCGACUUCGUACAAAAUGACGGAGCUAAUCCGGUGGUUGCAAGCACGCAAAUCCUCGCACGAGACCAAUGUGCUCCGUUUCGAUGAGUGUGUAUAUACCACAUACACGUACAAGCAUGUGGACGAAGCGCGUGGGCUACCAAGCACGCGGCAUUGGAUCUUCCAGCGUGGCCGGGCGCCCUAUCGGCCCGACAGCCAUGGCAUCCCUACCGGUGAUCUCUUGGGAAUGCCAGAACUACAUAAGGAGGGCAAUUCCUCGUCGGCGGACCAUGUGCUACAAACCAUCAGUGAAGAAGCAGAGGAAGAAGGUGCGAAACCUACUGCGACAUCGACCUCAACAUCGUCGGCCUCGCCUCGCAAGGCAUCUGGUGUGAUGAAAUAUGUGCCAGAAGUCUUUUUCAUGGAGUACGGUACUGUCGUUAUAUGGGGUAUGUCGUUGUCGGAAGAGAAGCGGCUCUUGCGUGAAAUUCGGCGCUUUGAAGUGGAAAGGCUGGCGACAGAAGACAUUGAGAGUGAAGAUCUCAAUUGGUACUUGGCCGACUACAGUCGCAUCUACAAUGAUGUGAUUACAUUACGACGUGGCUCGAGCUAUAUGACCAAGCUUUCCCUGUCUCAUGCAUUGGCACAGUCGACCAAGAUCAGCUUCUUUGAGAGUGUCAUUGAAGAUACGAUUGAUACCACAAAAGAUGUGCCACGCAGUAUUGCGGAAAGCGGCAAAGUGGGUAUGCCGCCGACCGACAUUAUGAAGAAUAUCGGCCACCUAUUUAUUCUUCGCAUGAACAUUCACUUAGUGGGAUCGGUGGUCGAUUCGCCGGAAAUCUUUUGGGCGCAGCCUGAUUUAGAACCUCUAUAUGCCGCCGCACGGAGUUAUUUGGAAAUUCAGCAACGGAUCGAUUUACUCAACAUUCGCGUUGAAGUAUUGCAGGACAUGCUUCAGCUGCUCAAGGACCAAGUCACAUCCAGUCAUUCAGAAUGGUUAGAAAUCAUUGUAAUUAUUCUCAUCGUUAUGGAAAUUAUUCUAGGUGUGGCCACAAUGCUGGUAGACUUGUAUUUCGGCUAG